CCAUUAAAAUGUUGAGAGCGUUUGCCAUUACUACUUUCCUGCUUACUGCAUUGACCUUGUCCGAAGGACAUAGGGACGAUUAUCUGAGAUUUCCAGAUCCCGGUAAUAUUCCGAGCUAUAACCAACGACCCUGUGGUCCCAGAGUUUGUGGCAAAAGUGGACAUUGCUAUCGCAGCUUUGAGAGCAUUUGUGACUUUAACGAUUACAAUCUGAAGAUGAUAUUCAGUGGCCAAGAAUUAUUUGAAUUGACGGAGCCCAACUAUUGCCAAACGUCGCCUCCACGGACAAAGCUUAUUGAUGUCGGCUACUAUUUCAAUCACCGGAGUUUUUUAGUUGCUCAAUCGCAGCCUUCGACUUAUUCAUCGCCUAUUCCAAGACCCAAUAUUCCCCGAAAUCCCGAAAAUAGUGAUCGUUAUGAGGCAUAUCCGUCAUCAGAAUCGUAUGGGCCAGUUAAAGAUUAUGUGCUUCCUUAUCCAGUGUGGGCAUUUAAGCGGCCCCAAGCACCACCAAGGAAUCCCCCAGUCAGUUAUAGACCUCCUUAUUGGUCCUAUCCUACACGGCGGCCCGGAACAACCAAGCCAUGCUACGAAAAAACUACAACCACCAAGCCGUGCUACGAAAAAACUACAACCACCACAAAGGCUCCCGAAAUCACCACCACAGAAGCUCCGGAAACCACCACCACAACAACGGUGGCAUCUACAACGACGACUACAACUGAACCUUCAACAUCAACAACUGCGACAUUUACAACCACAACAACAAUCAACCCCAAAACAACAACUACUGAAUCUGCAUCAACAUCUACAGAAAUAAUAACAACAACCACCGAACUCACAACAGCAACGGAACCAGCAACAAGCAAACAACCAGCAUCAACAACACAGGAUAUUACAACCACAGAACCUACUACAAGCACAACUGCAGAUCCAGCUAACAGCACAACCACAGAGCCAACAACAACCACACAGCAAGCUAGUACUGCAGAGCCAACAACAACCACAGAACAACCUAAUACCACAGAUCCAAGCACAACCACAGAGCCUGCAACAACCACAGAGCCUACUACAACGACCGAGCAAACAACAACCACGGAGCCUACUACGACCACAGAGUCCACAACAACCAAUGAGCCAACAACAAUCGCAGAACCCAAAACAACCACAGAGCCAAUAACAACCACAGAGUCAGCCACAACCACAGAACUUGCUUCAACUACAGAUCUAACGACAACAACGACUUUGUCAACAACAACUACUGGGUCACCAACAUCCACAGAACCAUCAACAACAACUACUAGGUCACCAACAUCCACGGAUCCAUCAACAAGAAAUCCUGCAACGACUACAACCGAAUCUUCAACGACAACCGACCCGAGCUCUUCAUCUACAACAACCACGACGGUUUCUUCCAAAACAACUACAAAAGAUCCAGCAACAACAGAAUCUUUCACAACAACUACGGCAGUUACUUCUACAACGACAACAAAUGAUCCAACUACAUCUGCCGAAUCGUCUACAGUAACAACAACCCCGAUUUCCACAACAACUACAUCGAAUCCCUCCACAACUUCUUCAACAGAUUCUUCAACAGAUUCUUCAACAGAUUCUUCAACAAGCACAACAACUACGAAUACUCCAGCGACGACUACAACAACCACUGUAGCUUCUACAACAAUUAACCCGGCGGCUGUGAAACCAGUAACUGUGGAGGUUACCAACGAGGAUGGACAAAUAGUCGAUUUCGAAUUGGCAGCCCUGGCCGUGAAUCCGGAAACAGGAGAGCCAAACUGUGCGGAGGUCACCAAUGUGCUGAUAACCACAGGAUCAAGCAUCGUAUUCCAGUUCACUGGGUGCAUUGUGGCGAGGGUUGCCACCAGAGUUGUCACUGAACCAACAACCUCGACGAGCACCACGGUAUCAACAACAACGCAAAGUACUCCGUACUAUCAGUGGUAUGGCGGUUCAUCGGCCUACGCACAGUCCCAAUUUCUAUAUGCAUAUUAGAUCAAUAAUAAUAUAUGUAUAGAAUCGACUGAAGAGAUUUUUAUACUUUUAGAAACCCGAUCCCAUUUUAUGUAAAUAUUUUGUUCAUUAA